AUGCCAGAAGACAACACACAUCAAUCCAUCCUCAUUCUCGGAGGCGGCUGCUUCGGUCUAGCCACGGCCUUUGAGCUUGCACAAAAGGGCUACAAAAACAUCACAAUACUCGAAAAGGAUGUUGAUGUGCCGAGUCGGUUCUCAGCAGCUUAUGAUCUUAACAAAGUCAUCCGUGCCGAGUACGCUGAUGACUUCUACACUCAAUUGGCCCUUGACGCAAUUCGCAAAUGGCAAUCAGAUCCUCUUUACGCACCCCAUUACCACCAAACAGGCUUCCUCAAUGUGACAUCAGGCAAGGCUGCACAAAACACAAAGGGUGCCGUGGAAAGCUAUUUCCAGUCUCUCCAGAAUAAUCCUGCUUUCAAUGGCCAAACCACCCGUGUCAACAGCAGUCAAGAGAUCAAGAAGCUCGUUCCCAAAUUCACAGGCCCUCUCACAGGUUUCAAGGGCUAUCACAACAAGCUUGCCGGUUAUGGUCACUCAGCUAAUGCUUUGAGAGCGGUUUAUGAGGAGUGCGUUAAGCUCGGUGUGAAGUUCCAUCUAGGCAAGAAGGAUGGCGAAGUUGACUCUUUGCUAUACGCAUCAAGUCGCGAGGGCACAAGGUGUGUCGGAGCUAGGACUCGUGGAGGAAGCAUCCAUACUGCUGAUAAGACUAUCGUCGCGUUGGGCGCUGACGCUGCCAACCUUCUUCCUCGAGUCGGGAAGCAAAUGACUGGUCGGGCCUGGGGCGUUGCGCACAUCCAGCUUACAGACGAAGAAGCAGCCGACCUCAAGGGAAUCCCUGUUACAAAUGUGCGCGACAUGGCAUUUUUCUUCGAACCUGAUCUCACAACCAAGAAACUCAAGUUUUGCCACAUGGGAGGUGCUUAUACCAACUACUCCUUCACCAAAGACGGUCUGUCAAUUCCCUUCCCCGAGUUGUCUGAAUCACAAUUCAUGCCCCUCGAAGACGAAACAUACAUCCGCCAGCUUCUGAGAGAAGUGUUCCCCCAACUCGCAGACCGACCUUUGAUCGACCAGCAUCUUUGCUGGUUCGCGGACACGGAUGACUCUGAUUUCAUUAUCGACUACGUCCCAGAUACCAAUGCCACUUUGGUUGUUCUUAGUGGAGAUAGUGGACACGGAUUCAAAAUGAUGCCUAUCUUUGGGCAGUUUGUACACAAGCUGCUUGUUGAUGAGAGACAGGAUCAGCGAAAAUGGCAGUGGAAGGGUGGAAAGGCAAAGGCGGCAGCUGUAUGGAGGAGCAGUGAGAGUCAAGAGCUUGCUGGUGUUCCUCGAGCCAAAUUGUGA